CGUCAUUAAGUGUCGCACCAGAGCUGCCAUGUUUGCUGCUGCGACGCGUGUCUGCUAUUGCGGCUCUGCUGCAUGUGCCCUACGUUUAGGAAAAUGAUACUUGUUAUAAUGGGAGUUUCCGGGACUGGGAAGUCCUCAGUGGGGAAAUACAUCUCAGACAAGCUUGGAUGGACCUUAUAUGAAGGAGAUGAAUAUCACCCCAAAGAAAACAUAGAAAAAAUGUCCCGCGGUGAACCUCUUACCGACCAGGACAGGACUCCGUGGUUGCUACAACUGCAUGACAUAAUCCAAAGAGAACUUUCAUCCGGGGCCAGUAGCAUUGUAAUAUGCUCCGCGCUGAAGAAAAGCUACAGACAGAUGCUCUUGUUUGGAUCCGCUCCCCAACCUCGAGCGUGUCAGCAUGAGAUGGUGGACAGGGUCUGCUUCGCCUUCCUCCACGGUGACUUUCAGCUCAUACACCAGCGGCUGUCGGCACGGAGGGACCAUUUCAUGUCCGCUGAUCUGCUGAGGUCUCAGUUUGAUGCACUGGAGCCCCCCACGGACGUAGAGAAUGCUUUUGCUGUGGACAUUGAAAAAAGCAUCCCUGAAGUCUCCUCUCAGAUAGAGAGGAUCAUUUCAGCUCGUCUGCAAACAUAGAGAGGUACAAGAAGCACGGCACUCACAAGAAAUGGCCUGCCUGCAAUUAUGGGAUUUUUUUUGGCUGGUGAUUGCAAAGAAAAGCAGUGUUUUUGGAUGUGUCCUGUUUCAAUGAGGAUGAGCACCAAUCAGAAACAAGCUACAGUGAUGUCACACUUAACAGGGUUCCCAUAAUUAUUUUUUUAAAUCUGACAACCAUAAGGAAUGUAUUAUGAAGGUAUAACAGCAGUACAUGCCGUACAUUUUUAAUUGCCCUUUCAUUGAAAUCAUAGUUUGAUUAACUAAGGCAGCAGUACGAACUCUGCGCUAAAGUUGUCUUCUCUUACCAUGUUAGAUGUGUCAUGGCUGACAGUCUGGAGUCACCUGUGACACAGAUAGAGUUGAUCAUAGUCAUGCAUUAAAUACUGAUGAGUCCCCAUCAACUUUGGAAUAAUCAAUUAGUUUUCUAUUAGCAGUACAAAUAGAACAAGUAUGCAGAACUACAGUUUACAUUUUGAAAAGUGGGUUGAAGGUUUGGGUUCAUGUAAAACAAGGUUGCUAUGCCACCUCUGUAUUACAAAAAGAUUAACUGGUUUUGUAUUUCAGUAUUAGUCCAAAAAUGAAAUUAUUUGGCAUUUGGUCAUCUUAUAACAACACAAUGAUACUACACAUUUAAUCUAAUGAUGUCACAAAUCAAUAUAUAAUAUACAAUUAUAUUAAAAAUGCAUGUUUAUUUACAUGAUUUGGGAGCUGCUUUUAUCCAGAGCAAUGCAGAAUUUAGGAAGCCGAGUCAGCCAGCCCCUGUAGCAGCUGGGGUUAAGGCCCCAGUGGUGACAUCACUCCGGAUUCACACUAGCGGCCUUCCAAACACAGACACAAACUCCUAGCCUGCAGAGCCACACAACGCCCUGUAUGUUCCGGUACAAUUUAAACAAAUCUUCGUAGAGAUACCUGUAAUGUUUGCAAUUUAUCAAAUUUACCAGUAGCCCGGGACAGGUGCUCCAGUGGAUGAAAUUAUAUAAUGAGGAAGUACAGCCCUGUUUUAGCUGUGAUUGGUUUUGCAAAGUAAUAUUUAUAUCUGUGUUGUACAAUAAUGCCUGGCUGGACUGGCCAUCUGGCAUUACCCUGCAGGUUCCAGGUGGGCCAGUGGUCAUGUGGGCUGGCAAAACUUAUCCUGGAUACGGCCUGGUUGGCAAGAUUCAUCAUGGCUCAUAAAUGAUGUGUGUGUAUAUAUAUAUUAUUAUUAUUUUUGCAACAUGCAUAGAUGGAGUGGAUGAUAUCAUUUCGCAAAAUAAAUGGUUCACUGGUAAUACAGUGAAAUGCAGCAUA